AGAGGCAAAGGUGUGCGAACAGGGAAUAAAUGACAGCUCCAUAAAUUAUAGCUCCGUUUAUGAAUCUCCCGUUAUUCUCCAAACCGCUUCAGCGUUCACAAAAGUAGCACUGGUUUGGCUACUUAAUGAGUUUAUAACAAGCUAUUUCUGAUCACGAUAGUAUUACUGUCGAUUAGCUCACCGACAUCAACCAUCACAGUCCUUGCCUUGGACAUCACCUUAGUCCUCAGAUAUGACGUAAAGGGUAAUCUUAUUUCUCCGCAAUGUUUUUCGACUGAGACAAGAACUGUUCAUUGAGAGAAAUUUAUAUUUAUUAGGAAGAAUCAGUAGGGGUUUCUAGUUGAGCAUCGUUUCGUUGGAAGCGAAUAGUACAACUGCAACUUUAAGAUGGAGACCACCUCCCCUCCGCCUGCUCAAACAAUGGUCUUUACCGGCUGAGCUUCUCACAGCGGAAUUUCAACGUGCCAUCUUUUUACCAAUGGGUAUUUCUAGAGAAGAAAAUGUCAUCAGAGAGCUGGACCAUUUUUAAGUUUUUGAAAAUGCCAGCGGUGGAUUUUAUUGUGGUGCUGGUUGGAGCUUUCGCGUCGUGAGGCUUACUCGUUGGAUUUUGGUGGCAAAUGGUCCCAGCUGUGUGCUUCCGUUAGCUCCAGGAGACUGCAGCUGUCAUUGAUCCAUCGAAGGAGUAAACCACAGCCGAAGAGUAAACUGUAAGGAUGAUGUGUGAGGUGAUGCCCACCAUCAGUGAGGACACGGCCAUGAGCCAGCGCGGCUCGCAGAGCAGCGCGUCCGACCCGGACUCGCACUUCGAGCAGCUGAUGGUCAACAUGCUGGACGAGCGCGACCGGCUGCUGGACACGCUCCGUGAGACGCAGGAGAGCCUGUCGCUGGCCCAGGAGCACCUGCAGGACGUCAUCUACGACCGCGACUCGCUCCAGCGCCAGCUCACCUCCGCACUGCCCCAGGAGUUUGCUGCCCUGACUAAGGAACUGAACGUUUGCAGAGAACAGCUGCUGGAGAAGGAGGAGGAGAUCUCUGAGCUGAAGGCCGAGAGGAACAACACAAGGCUGCUAUUGGAGCACCUGGAGUGCCUGGUGUCCCGACACGAGCGAUCCUUGCGCAUGACCGUGGUCAAGCGGCAGGCCCAGUCUCCGUCCGGCGUGUCCAGCGAGGUCGAGGUCCUCAAAGCGCUCAAGUCCCUGUUCGAGCACCACAAGGCCCUAGAUGAAAAGGUCAGAGAGAGAUUGCGGGUGUCACUAGAGAGAGUGUCAGCCUUGGAGGAGGAGUUAACAGCUGCCAAUCAAGAGAUCGUAGCCUUAAGGGAGCAGAAUGCCCACAUCCAGAGGAAGGUGGCAUCAGGGGAUGGCGAGGACCUGCUGGAAGGCACAGAUGCCGGGCAGAAGGUCCAUGGGAAGCGUCUGUCCAACGGCUCGAUGGAGUCGGUGGACGAGGCGGGCCAGGUGGGGGAGCUGCAGGAGCUGCUGGAGAAGCAGAACUACGAGCUGGCCCAGAUGAAGGAGCGCAUGUCCUCCCUCUCCUCCCGCGUCUCCGAGGUGGAGCAGGAGCUGGACACCGCCCGCAAGGACCUCAUCAAGUCUGAGGAGAUGUGCUGCAAGUACCAGCGCGACGUCAAGGAGGGCAUUUGUCAGAAAGAGGACAUGGAGGAGCGGAUUGUCACUCUGGAGAAGCGCUACCUGAGCGCCCAGCGCGAGUCCACCUCUCUCCACGACAUCAGCGACAAGCUGGAGAACGAGCUGGCCAAUAAGGAGGCUUUCCUCAGACAGAUGGAGGAGAAGAACAGGCAGCUGCAAGAGCGUCUGGAAAUGGCGGAACAGAAGCUGCAGCAGACCAUAAGGAAAGCAGAGACACUACCUGAGGUGGAGGCUGAACUCGCACAGAGGAUAGCAGCACUCACCAAGGCUGAGGAGCGCCACGACAGCAUAGAGGAGAGGAUGAGGCACCUGGAGGGCCAGUUGGAGGAGAAGAACCAGGAGCUGCUGAGAGCCCGUCAGAGAGAAAAGAUGAACGAAGAGCACAACAAACGCCUGUCAGACACGGUGGACCGGCUCCUCACAGAGUCCAACGAGAGACUGCAGCUGCACCUGAAGGAGAGGAUGGCUGCCCUGGAGGAGAAGAACGUUUUAAUACAGGACUCCGAGAGCUACAGGAAACAGCUGGAAGACUCCAUCCAUGAAAAAUCUCACCUGGCAGAGGAGAUCGACAAACUGCGCAUGGAGUUGGAUCAGUUCAGACAGAGGGCCGGAUCGCUCACGGAACAAACCCUGUCACGAUCUCAUCUGGACACGUCGACGGAGCUGCGCUUCUCGCUGGGCUCUCUAGCGGAGACUCAGUCGGACCACUACAGGUCAGCAAAGGUCAUCCGCAGGCCGCGCAGGGGUCGUGUGGGGCUGCGCCGGGACGAGCAGAAGGCGAAGUCUCUCGGCGAGCAGGAGUGGCGUUCCCAGCAGCUGGGCAUCCUGGGCGGCCACCCGUUCGAGAGCGACACGGAGAUGUCGGACAUCGACGACGACGACCGCGAGACCCUCUUCAGCUCCAUGGACCUGCUGUCGCCGGGCGGCCACUCGGACGCUCAGACCCUGGCCAUGAUGCUGCAAGAGCAGCUGGACGCCAUCAACAAAGAGAUCCGGCUGAUCCAGGAGGAGAAGGAGUCCACAGAGCUGCGGGCGGAGGAGAUCGAGAACCGCGUGGCCAGCGUGAGCCUGGAGGGCCUGAACCUGGCGCGGGGGCACCACAUGGGCACCUCCAUCACCGCCUCGGCCACCGCCUCGUCCCUGGCCAGCUCCUCCCCGCCCAGCGGCCACUCCACGCCCAAGCACACGGCGCGCUCCCCGGCCAGAGACAUGGAGCGCAUGGGGGUCAUGACACUGCCUAGUGACCUGAGGAAACACAGGAGAAAGAUCGCAGCAGUGGACGAGGACGGACGAGAGGACAAAGCCACCAUCAGGUGUGAGACGUCCCCUCCCCCCACCCCUCGCCAGGUCCGCAUGACACACACUCUACCGGCCUCCUCACACAACGACGCCCGAGGCCUGGCUCUGGAUGCGGAUGGGAGUGCCCUGAGCAGUGUGGCCAGCAGUCAGGACUCCCUCCACAAGCAGCCUAAAAAGAAGGGCAUCAAGUCCUCCAUCGGCCGGCUCUUCGGCAAGAAGGAGAAGGCCCGCCUGGGCCAACUGGGCAAGGAGAUGAUGAUGGGACCAGGCCAAGGAAAUAUGUCGGACCCAGAAAUGGCUGGCCAGGACAUGGGCUUGGGGAAGCUGGGCACUCAAGCGGAGAAGGACCGCCGGCUGAGAAAGAAAAGCGGGCAUGAGUUACUGGAGGAGGCCAGGAGGAAAGGCUUACCCUUUGCCCAGUGGGACGGCCCUACAGUGGUGGCUUGGCUGGAGCUGUGGCUGGGCAUGCCCGCCUGGUACGUGGCAGCCUGCCGUGCCAACGUGAAGAGCGGGGCCAUCAUGUCUGCGCUGUCGGACACGGAGAUCCAGCGGGAGAUCGGCAUCAGCAACCCCCUGCACCGCCUCAAGCUACGUCUGGCCAUCCAGGAGAUGGUGUCCCUGACCAGCCCCUCUGCACCACCCACAUCCAGAACCCCGUCAGGCAAUGUUUGGGUGACCCACGAGGAAUUGGAGAUCUAUGCUGCCCCUUCCAAAACGAAGGACUCGGAGGAAGGGAGCUGGUCACAGACGUUAGCGUACGGAGACAUGAACCACGAGUGGAUCGGGAACGAGUGGCUGCCGAGCCUGGGUCUGCCCCAGUACCGCAGCUACUUCAUGGAGUGUCUGGUGGACGCGCGCAUGUUGGACCACCUCACCAAGAAGGACCUGCGGGUGCACCUGAAGAUGGUAGACAGCUUUCACAGGACGAGUCUUCAGUACGGGAUCAUGGGUCUGAAGAAGCUGAACUACGACAGGAAGGACCUGGAGAGACGCAGGGAACACAGCCAACAUGAGAUGAGAGAUGUGCUGGUAUGGAGUAAUGAGAGGGUAAUGCGUUGGGUCCAGAGCAUUGGGCUGAGGGACUACGCAAACAUCCUCUUAGAGAGCGGUGUCCAUGGUGGCCUCGUCGCCCUCGACGACAACUUUGACUACAGCAGCCUGGCACUACUCCUCCAGAUCCCCAACCAAAACACUCAGGCACGUCAGAUUCUGGAGAGGGAGUACAACAACCUCCUGGCACUGGGCACAGAGAGACGGCUGGACGAGGACUACCAUGGAGGCUCUUGGAGGAGGCAGUUCCCCCCGCGGGACAUCCACGGCAUCAGCAUGAUGCCCGGCUCUGCCGAGACACUCCCCGCCGGGUUCCGCCUCACCACCUCUGGACACCGCAGGAUGCCCCCCGAAGUCCUGUAUGAGGUGCUGGAUGACAGUCCAGACGACAUGUAUCUGGACUGGUUUCAAGUCGGCCCCUCAGCAGUGCAGCGGCUGGAUAGCUCCACUGUGAGGACCUACUCCUGCUGAAACUCUGAACCGCAGAGAGGCUCUACGCUGUUCGAACCUUGAAACAUGGAGUCUUACCUCAACGCCAGUGUACAGGCCAACUAGCCAAGAGACAAAACAAAAAUGAUGAUAUGACGCACUGCCAAGAAGCGCCCUCUUCGUGGAGAGGACUGCAUAUGGGAAGAGGAGGGUCAGGGGGAGGGGGGGUGGCAGUCGGACGCCCCCUUACCCCCUACCCUCAAUCCCCCUCCUGCACUUACAAGCCAAGUCCACACUCCUGGGCACCCUCCACCGGUGCUGAUCAAUGACCUGCAGGCCACCCUGAUUACCGUUUAUACCUUUUACAUGUCCCAUCUUGUUGAGCAUAUGUACUGUGUAUUUCUUCUACAGGAGAGGUGUAGGUUAUCUGUAAAUUAAUAUAAAUAUGCUGUUUUUUAAAUAUAAAUAUAAAUAUAUAUAUACACACAUCUAUAUUAAAAAAAAAGAAAAAAAAUGAUAAAACAUACUCAGAGUUUGUGCAAAUAACGUUCCUAAUGUUAUGGUUUCGAAGAACAGAGAAAAGAAAAAAUAUGCUGCUCUUUCAAUGUUUCUCCUGUCCCACAGCAAGAUCAUUUUGUAAGAUGUAGUUUGAUUUUUAUUUGAGUUUUCUCCCCAACCCGCCCCACGUAGUCCUUAUGAGUACAUAAGAACCUGGAGACAGAUUCUGCACUAGAACCGGACGCUCUACUCUCUGUCCUAACACUGAACAUUUGUACAGUUCCUCCUCUUGUGUCUGAAGCAAACUUGGUGAGAACCAGGUUCCAUUUCCGGAGACACCCUAGAAAUGGACAUUUAAAAGAACCGACCACAGCAGAGGAACCAGGGCGCGAUCCACAAGCCCUGCUGUACUCACAAGACCACAAGCACACUGACCCAACCAGGAUGAAAAACAAACGACAUGGAUCAAACAGCCCCGCAUCACAGCGAAGGCCUCACUAUAUUACAGAAAGAGCAACUUCUACAGCAAGUCACCUCCAACUGUAAGCAAACUCCCAGACCACCAGGCCCCCUCAGUACUGGUGUUCAAUCUGCCAAAACUCAACCGUAGCCAGGACAGAAAAUCUUCUUUAUAAAAAAAAAAAAAAGGACAGACUGCUUAGCUCAUAGUGAACGUAGAGUGUGUAAUCAAGAUACAAAAAAAAAAGAUAUUUAAAAAAAAAAAAAAAAUUGAAGUCCAGAUCGAUUUUAAAGAGACAAAAAAACCUGUUGCUUGCUGUGACUAACUUAAGUGUAACUGUUGACUCUUUGGUUUUCUGUAGGAGUCGCCAGGGGUCCCCCGUCUUUUACAGACCUCCUUCCCGUCGUUCUCGUUUUUGAGUUCUGCCUGUGAGUGCAACUCAGCCCUGGCCUUACAUAGCCUUGUUUUGCACGAACAGAGAAAACAAAACAAAAAAAAACAAGAAACAAAACAUUUUAUUUUGUGUCCAUUUUUUUAUUUAUUACUGAUUGUAUUUUGGUCAAAACUAUGUGGUGAUCAAACUGAAUUUUCAUUGUCAAUAAAAAGUAAUGUCAAAGAA